AAGUAAAAGCGGUGAGAAAAAGAAAGGAGAGAGAGGGUGACCACUAUGGAGACAGCGCAACCCAUUACUCAUUAUUAGUCUCUCCUACCAUUCUUUUGCUAAAGUUGAAGACUUUGCGUUCUUGUAAGAAGACCCUGAAUCGAAAGUUGAAGACUUUGUGUUUUUCCUAGUCCUGAAGAAGAAGUAGACCCUGAAAUCGAUCUGACUUCUCGCAGCAAUGCUGAGAAUUUAGCUGCAUUUAUUAUUCUUUUUUUGUCAAUUCAAUUUCUCUUUUCUUUGAAGCUCUUUUCUUGCAACAAUGGCAUCUAGAACCAAAACUGGUUUGAUGGAGACUCCUCGUAGUAAACCAUCACCACCACCUCCUCGACUGAGUAAACUCUCUGCUUCUAAAUCUGAUGGCAAUUCGGCUUCCCCGGUGCCAACUACUCGUCUUUCGCUUGAUCGUUCUCCUCCAACAGUUAACUCAAAGCCUACUCCUGACCGGCGGCCUUCUCGGAUUCCUACACCUGAGAAAGUGCAUUCACGGUUGGUAAAAGGAACGGAGCUGCAGACUCAGUUGAAUCAAAUUCAGGAGGAUUUAAAGAAAGCUGACGAGCAAAUAGAAUUGCUCAAGAAAGAUAAAGCUAAAGCUAUAGAUGAUCUUAAAGAAUCCGAAAAACUUGUAGAAGAAGCCAAUGAGAAACUCAGAGAAGCAUUGGCAGCUCAGAAACGAGCUGAGGAGAGUUUCGAGGUUGAGAAAUUCCGAGCUGUUGAACUGGAACAGGCUGGACUUGAAGCUUUUCAGAACAAGGACGUAACUUCGAGAAACGAGCUAGAGUCUAUUAGAAGCCAGCAUGCGUUGGACAUCUCAGCUCUCCUCUCUACCACAGAAGAACUCCAGAGGGUAAAACAUGAAUUGUCAAUGACCGCUGAUGCUAAAAACAAGGCGCUAAGCCAUGCUGAGGAAGCGACGAAGAUUGCUGAAAUCCAUGCUGAGAAGGCUGAGAUUCUUUCUUCUGAAUUAGGCCGGUUAAAGGCAUUGCUCGGUUCAAAGGAAGAAAAAGAAGCUAUUGAAGGUAAUGAGAUAGUGUCUAAGCUGAAGUCUGAGAUUGAAAUGUUGAGAGGGGAGCUUGACAAAGUUAGUAUCCUUGAGGGUAGUGUGAAAGAGAAAGAAGGAUUAAUUGAACAGCUUAACGUUGAUCUUGAAGCUGCUAAAAUGGCUGAAUCUUGUACUAAUAGCUUAGCAGAAGAAUGGAAGAACAAGGUUCACGAACUAGAAAAACAAGUUGAAGAAUCAAAUAGAUCGAAGACAUCUGCUUCAGAGUCUAUGGAGUCGGUUAUGAAGCAGCUGGAUGAAUUGAAUCAUGUGCUGCAUGAGACGAAGUCAGAUAAUGCUGCACAAAAAGAAAAGGUUGAGUUGCUAGAGAAAACAAUUGAAGCGCAGAGAACAGAUCUUGAGGAAUCUGGACGCCAGGUUUGCAUCGCAAAAGAAGAAGCAUCUACGAUGGAAAAACUUCUUGAAUCAAUAAAAGCUGAGCUUGAGACCUCCCAAGAGGAAAAAACUAAGGCCUUGGACAAUGAAAAGGCUGCAGCAUCAAAUAUUCAGACUCUAUUGAAUGAAAAGACAGAACUUUCAAUAGAAUUGGAACGCUGUAAGAUGGAAGAAGAGAAGAGCAAGAAAGAAAUGAAGAGCUUGACAUUGGCUUUGCAGGAAGCAUCUACUGAAGCAAGUGAAGCGAAAGCGAAGUUCUUGGCAUGUCAAGAGGAGCUCAAGAACUUUGAAUCCCAGGUUGACAGUUUGAAGGUGGCUUCAAAAGAGACAAAUGAAAAGUAUGAGAAAAUGCUUGAGGAUGCUAGAAAUGAAAUUGAUAGUCUGAAAAGUACUGUAGAUAGCAUCCAGAACGAGUUCAAGAACUCUAAGGCUGGGUGGGAACAGAAAGAACUUGAUCUGAUGGGUUGUGUGAGGAAAUCAGAAGAAGAAAAUUCGUCUUCUCGGGUAGAAGUAAGCAGGCUGAUGAAUUUGCUCAAAGAGAGCGAAGAAGAUGCACGUGCUAGGAAGGAGGAAGAAGCCAAUCUUAAAAAUAAUCUCAAAGAAGCUGAGGGGGAGAUAAAGUAUCUACAGGAAACACUUGGAGAAGCAAAAGCUGAAAGCAUGAAACUGAAAGAGAGCUUGUUGGACAAAGAAGAAGAGCUAAAGAAUAUCAUUGGUGAAAACAGCAGCCUUAGAGAAUGGGAAGGUUCUGUACUUGAGAAAAUUGAAGAGUUGUCAAAGGUAAAGGAAAGCUUGGUUGAUAAAGAAACCAAGCUGCAGAGCAUUACUCAAGAAGCUGAGGAGCUGAAAGGAAGGGAGGCUGUUCAUAAGAAGCAGAUUGAGGAGUUGUCAAUGGCGAAUGGAAGCUUGGUUGAUGAAGCAACCAAAUUGCAGAGCAUUAUUCAAGAAAGUGAGGAUCUCAAAGAAAAGGAAGCGGGUUAUCUUAAGAAGAUUGAGGAGUUAUCAGUAGCAAAUGAGAGCCUGGUUGAUAACGUAACAGAUCUACAAAGCAUUGUUCAAGAAAGUAAGCAUCUCAAAGAAAGGGAGGUUGCUUAUCUUAAGAAGAUUGAGGAGUUGUCAGUUGCAAAUGAGAGCUUGAUUGAUAAAGAGACCAAACUGCAGCACAUUGAUCAAGAGGCUGAGGAGCUCCGAGGAAGGGAGGCUGCUCAUUUGAAGAAGAUUGAGGAGUUGUCAAAGGAAAAUGAGAACUUGGUUGAUAAUGUAUCCAAUAUGCAAAACAUUGCUCAAGAAAGUAAGGAUCUCAAAGAAAGGGAGGCUGCUUACCUUAAGAAGAUUGAGGAGUUGUCAACAGCGAAUGGGAGCUUGGCUGAUAACGUAACCAAUCUGCAGAAAAUAUCUGAAGAAAGUAAGGAGCUCAGAGAAAGAGAGGCUACAUUACUUAGGAAGACAGAGGAGUUGUCAGAAUUGAAUGAAGGCUUAGUUGAUAAAGCGUGCAAAUUGCAAACAGUUGUUCAGGAAAAUGAAGAAUUGAAAGAAAGAGAGACUGCUUAUCUUAAAAAGAUUGAGGAGUUGUCAAAGUUGCACGAAAUCUUAUCUGAUCAAGAAACCAAACUCCAGAGUUCUAUUGAUGAAAAAGAGGAGCUCAAAGAAAGGGAGGCUGCUUAUCUUAAGAAGAUUGAGGAGUUGUCAAAGGUGCAAGAGGAUCUUCUUAAUAAAGAAAAUGAGUUGCAUGGUAUGGUCGUGGAGAUUGAGGACCUUAGAUCCAAGGACUCUGUUGCCCAAAAGAAGAUAGAAGAGUUAUCAAAUUUUAAUGCAAGUUUGCUCGUUAAAGAGAAUGAGUUGCAGGCUGUCGUCUGCGAGAAUGAGGAACUGAAGUCCAAGCAGGUUUCAUCACUAAAGACGAUAGACGAGCUGUCAGAUCUGAAACAAAGUUUGAUUCACAAGGAAAAGGAGCUGCAGGCUGCAAAUGUUGAAAAUGAGAAGCUCAAGGCUGAAGCAGCCUUGUCCCUCCAGAGGAUUGAAGAGUUGACAAAUCUUAAACAGAGUUUGAUCGAUAAGCAGAACGAACUGCAGGGUGUCUUUCAUGAAAACGAGGAGCUUAAGGCCAAGGAGGCUUCGUCUUUGAAAAAGAUUGAUGAGUUGUUACAUCUUGAGCAAAGUUGGCUUGAAAAGGAAAGUGAGUUUCAAAGAGUUACUCAAGAAAACCAAGAGCUUAAAACGCAGGAUGCUUUAGCAGCAAAGAAAAUAGAGGAGUUGUCGAAGCUGAAAGAGAGUUUACUUGAAAAAGAAACUGAGCUAAAAGGCAGGGAAGCUGCCGCCCUUGAGAAAAUGGAAGAAUCAUCAAAGCUUGGAAACGGUGAGCACACCAGCAUCGGAAAAGAUUAUGACUUAGUUCAGUUUUCGGAAGUAAAUGGGCCUAGUAUUGGAGAGGAAAAGGCAAAGACUGAUCCUUUUCAACACAGAAGCAGAGAGCAUAUGAUACAAGAAAGUCCAAUGGAAGCAAUUGAUAAACAUUUGAUGGGUGAAAGAGCAGCAACUCAUAGGGUAGCUCACGGAACUGAAGGAGAAGGGAAUGUAGAGAAAGACCGUGUGGAGUCUGAAUUCAAGAUGUGGGAUAGCUACAAGAUAGAAAAAAGUGAAGUAUCUCCAGAGAGAGAGACCGAACUCGACUCUGUGGAAGAGGAAGUUGAGUCGAAAGCAGAAGGCAGUGAGAACAUGGAUCAGUACAGCAAUGGCUUUUAUUCAACAGACCACACUGAAGAUUCCGGAAAUCUGCUCUUAAAGGAACAACAUAUGAAGAAGAAGAAACCUUUGCUCCGGAAAUUCGGAAACCUGCUUAAAAAGAAGAGUACAAGCAGCAGCAGUCAAAAGUAGAGGAAGAUGAUCUCUUUGCAACUGGGCUUUUCUUGGUUUAUAUUCAUCUUCUUAAAAUUUCUUACGAGCAUAGCUCUAUAUAUUUGAUCUAUGCUUCCACAUGGCUACAAAUCAAGAUUUAGAUUGUCUAUGAAUUGUCUAUGACAUUAGACACUGCCCUUUGAUCUUUGUUCUCUUAUUGUCGUUUUCUCUGUUUCUUGAAGUUGUUUUAGCGUACUGCAAAUAUUGAACAUUUCAUUCAUUAUCUGCAAGAUUCUGUAUA